CUUCUCAUCCAACAUGGAGCAGAGGUAGACUUCCAAGAGAAUGAAGAUGGUAUUCCGCUUCGUUCUGCGGCAGUGGCAGGCCAUUAUGCGGUGGUUAGACAGUUGAUUGCCGCCGGCGCAGACAAAAGCGUUGUGGACACUGAGAUGGUUGGGGCUGUGGAAGUCGCAUCAGGGGGGCACAUCAAGUGUCUUGCGGCACUCUUGGACUAUGGGGUUGACGCCAAUGUCUCGAACAAUACAGGAAAUGCUCUGGGGUGGGCUUCGCUGAACGGCCACCUGGAAACUUGUCGUCUCCUCCUCGACCGUGGCGCUGAUAUCAAC